AUGGCCUCCGACCCCGCGCGUUACCUUCCGCUGCUGGGGAUCGUCCGCUCUCUUCCUGCAAUCGUCCGGGGCGUCUCCGUGGAAGUGGUAGCCGUUACGAUUUUCGUCGCCCUCCUCUGCGUCUGCGUCUUGAUUGGGCAUCUGCUCGAGGAGAAUCGCUGGGCGAACGAGUCCACCACUGCCCUAAUUCUGGUUCUCCCUCCUCCACCUUCGUUGUCUCCCUUGGUUUCUUGCGUCUUGGAUUCUCUGGGUGUCGAUGCGCAUGCUCCUUGUUAAGUGCAUCCUGUCUGUGCUUUCGUUUCUUUGGUGAAGGGCCUUUGUACUGGCUUUCUGACGCUGGUGUUCAGCAAAUGGCAUAGCUCGCACUUUCUCUCCUUCGACGAAGAACUGUUCUUCAUUUACCUGCUACCUCCUAUCAUCUUCAACGCUGGGUAAUCCACUUUCCUAGUUCACCACCGAUUCUCAGCUUUCAGACCAGCAUUCAAUACAAGAUAAUAACAGGAGCAGGAAUGGAUUCGUCGUCUGUCAUUAUUUUGAGCAUUCAUAGAACAGGAUGCUCUCCGUCUCCCACUAAUUUUAUUCUUCUACUAAAAAAAAAAACUCUUAUUUAUUCACGAUUUUGAUGUUCUUCUUGAUUUAAAAAACGCAAGCAACUCUAACAUUAUAUCUUGUUUUUUUAAAACAGAAUCUGCCAGUUUCACUUCCACUUACAUGUUGCAAUCAUGACGGUGUCUGCUGAUGUUUACUCAGUGAAUGUUUUGAUUCAUCAGUCGAAGAUUGCCUGUGGUUAGGUCUCUGGACUGGCCGCAUUUAAGCAAUAGCGCUAACUUCUACUUUGGAUAUCAUUUUUAUCAGACUAUCACUUCUAUGAAACCAACAUCCAUAUUCAUGUUCCUUUGGUUGAUAUCAUAAUAGCUGGUGGGUAUGCUAACUUGGCCUUUUACCAUCAUCUUUCUUCAACUGGCUAAGAACUUACCUUUAUUGGGCAAAUAACUCGUUGAAGAAGUACUGGGAUCUGGAAUCCGGCCACACAUGAUGCAACGGGUAGAAUGAUGCUGUUUGAUGAAUCGGGCUAAGUAAAUAGGUAGGUAGAAGCAUCUGCAUACGAAUUAAAUAAAUCUAGGAGACACCAAUAAUGUAAGAACAUACAGUUCUGUGUGGAUGGGUUGGCAGAGAAAAAGACUGUUUAAGCGGGGUUCAUCAUUGCAGCGGACACAGGCUAAGGUCAGACUCACUGAGAGAGGAUGGAAGACAGAUAUAGUGCUGUUGAGAGCUCAUAGUGCUUAGAUACUUGGUAGGUGAUUUGGUUGACGAAACUGACUGAGGAACCCUUAGUAUUCAAGUUAAAAGGUGGCCUCACUUUUAGCCAUUCCGUUGUUACUGGCGCUCUAUUAGGUUGGCUCAUUGGGGGGAUAAACAGAUGAUAGUGGUAAAACUAUAGUAAAUAUUUUGAAAUUCCAGACUCGUCCUCCUAAGCCUCAUCCAGGCAUAAGCUAUUAACUCGGGUGUUCCUUCGGUCCUUCUUGCACACCUAAGCACUCCACGUAAUUGGGGAUUCUUCGUCGUACUGUCAUAUUAGUCACUGAAAAGUAAGAAAUAACUGUUUGUCUGUUCUCACAUGUGACUAAUCAACUAAACAUGGUAAUGAUCCGGGAAAGUAGUUGUUGAUUAGUCGACUGUAAUUAUAGUUGUGCUCCUGAAGGCAAAGUUCAUGGUAAUUAGAAGCACCCUACAUAGUUCUCCACAAUCUUCCUUUUGGAUAUGGGGCAUAUAUAUUGUCUUACUUUUUAAGCACAUUAAGUGUUCUGCAUGUAGACGCCUGCGGAUAGCUCAAAUGUUUAGUUAGAUGCGUUCUACUGAGAAAAUUUUCAGUUAUUCAAAUCAUAUUGUUUUUUUAUUCCUUGGCUAAUUUAUGAUACUCAUCAAUAGCACUAAAAUAUAUCGUCUUACUUUUUAGGCAAGACAACUAUAUGUGCAGGUGUUCCGCACGUAGAAGCCUGUGGAUUGCUCAAAUGUUUACUUAGAUGUGUUCUGAUAAAAUAAUCAGUUAUUCAAUUCAUGUUUUUUUUUUCCUUGGCUAAUUUAUGAUACUCAACGGCCUAAAAUUUAUGGCAUUUACAUUCGGACUUAUCCGAAGUGCAUUAUUAUUUUUAGUUUUCAGGUUAAGAAGAAACAAUUUUUUCGAAACUUUUCGAUUAUAUUCUUGCUUGGUGCGGUUGGAACGUUGAUAUCCUUCUGCUUUAUAUCAACAGGUAUCUUUUCUUUCCCAUAAAACUCUAGUUUAUUUCUGCAGCCUGACUUGUCCUGACCAGUUCUCAAAUUCAUUUUUUUUGGCUACUGAAAUAAGCAUCACCAUAUGAUGUAGUUAUUGUUGGUAAUUGCCAUUUUGGGUGAUUGUUUUCAGUUUUUUGACGUGUUCAUAAUUCCUAAUUUGUGCAUAUCUCUAAUAAUGUAAAUGAUUUCUAAAUAUUAUUUAUUUUACAUGAAGCCUUUUGAUGUUUCAUCAUUCAAAUAAAUCAAAUCAAACCCAUAAUUAUGGGUUCGAAGAGUUGCAAUGGUAUGCUAACAUAUUAAUACAUCCUCCAUUAACGAUGAGUUUUAGCAGGAAAAGCAAAAUCUGUUUUUAUUUCAUGAUGCUCUUUGUUAAAGGUGCAACAAACAGGAAAAUCUCAGAGCUGAACAAUCGUCUGACGUUACUGUGAAUCAUAGACACCCCGAGUGAGAUAACUUUUAGAAGUCAUGGCAAUUUGAAAUGAGGUCAAUCAAGGCAGAUUGGAGCAUCUAUCUUUUUUUUGGAUUCUAGAUAUCAAUUCUGUGCAAUAAAGUCCAAGCUUAUCAAUCUCAGGUUAAACUCAUUUGAUGCAAAUUUUGCAAUGUACUAGAGUGGAAUUUUGGAAACAACCUGAGGGACGAAAAUUUAAGUGUCUAUCGAACAGAAUUGCAACUGUUCAGUUGAACAAUUCCAAACGAGAGAGAUGAAAAUGAGUUUGAAAAAUUGUGGGCAUCUCUUACGAAAAUUACUUAAGCUCCCAUCAAACGAGGUUCUUUGGUAUGCAACACAACCUAAACUAAAUGUAAAAAGUUGCAUGCUGUUUGGCUUUUGUAUCAUUUUGAAGGAACAAUUUUUACUUCUAUUUUAUUUUAAACUAUGGCUUAGUUUGGAGCAUCCAAUGAUUAGCUUAGCCCGGUAAGCCUACAUAUGGAGUAGGAGAAUCAUAGUACCAGAAUGACUCGCUCAUUCACAAUCAGACAUUUUAACACUAGCCAGAGCGUACUACUACAGCAGUGGAAAAUUCCAAUAGUAGCAAAUAGUAUAGAACUUAAAAAGGAAGUUUCAUUCUCAAAGACUUAUCUUAUAUACUAGAAUAAAUCUAAAGCCAAAUCCUUAACCUCGAAAUGAUAUCGAAGAGCUUCGAAUCUGACUUAGAGAACAUUCUUGCACUUUCCCUGCUGCACCACUCCUGUUUGCUUUCUUGCUUCCUUUGAUUCCUUAUUCCAGAUUCGCUAAACAGAAGAUCUAGAUUUCAAAGAAGGGAAGCGAUAUUGGACAGGAUCAGGAUGCGACCCUUACCAGAGCAGCUUGCGCUUGACCAUUGAGUUAGCGGAGCGGAUCCCGUCGCCGAGCAUGAAGCAGAACCAUCUGAGCACACCGAGCAGCGCAAAGCGAGCAUUAAAGAAAGACAAGCGGAGAGUCAAGCUCCUUGCCCAGCACUGAGAGAGCGGAACCUAGGAGUUGAGCACCGACCGAAGUGAUGUAUGGCUAGAGUCCCGAUUUUAUCUACAGCUGGACAAACUUAGGAUAUGAAAAAUGCUGGAAAAUAUUAGAAAAUAGAAAUAUCACGGGUUAACUUUUGGAGAAGCACAGAUGCAUCAUUAUCUUUUUUUGAACUCAACUUUUGGAAAGUUGAUGGUUUUAUCCAGGAUUGCCCUCUUUUCUUAUUUGCAAGACUUUGUUUUUGUGGAUUAUUAUUAAUUUUUUAGCUUCUAACUUGGAUGCAAUAUAUAUUGGAUACCCUUGCAUUAAAUUGAAGAUAAUGAUGGAGCUUUAUUGAAGCUUCUCUUAUGCGUUGAUCUCUGAACUCUGUAGGUUCUUAUUUUCUAUUCAAGAUGAUUGGAGUCGCAUCUUUUGGGAUUCAGCAGUACUUAGGUAUAUCCAAAUUAGUUAAUAUCUUAAAUUCAACCCUGUGUGUGCUGCAUAGUCUUGUGAUAACACUGUUGACUUUUAUUCCGCACAGCAAUUGGAGCAAUAUUUUCAGCGACAGAUUCUGUCUGUACUUUACAGGUAUUUCAUGAAAAGCAAUUUUAUUCUAGGCUUCAUCUAUAAUAACUGCUGAACGCAGCUGAUAAGUUUUUCUUUGUGGCAAAGGUUCUGAAUCAAGACGAAACACCCUUACUUUACAGUGUUGUUUUUGGGGAAGGAGUAGUGAAUGACGCCACCUCUAUUGUGCUUUUCAAUGCAGUCCAGAAACUUGACUUUAACAAUUUUGAUGCAGUCUCAGCCUUAAAACUUCUAGGGACAUUUCUUUAUCUGUUCUUCACAAGUACGGCACUUGGUGUAGCAGUAAGUUAUCAUUUUUUAGCUCUUGAAUAUUUGGCUGUAUGAAUGAAGAAAAACUAUUUACUGAUAUUAGCACAAUAUUUUAGCCAUAGAUUGUAUGACGCUCUUCCACUUGUUGCAAUGAAAGUUGUUGUAAUAUGGAUGUUACUUGGGAUAUGCAAACCAAAUACCUUCUGAGUGCUAUCUGAUUUGCAUGAAAAAUUUUCUCUUUACGGCGAAUAUUAUUGGCAUGUAUUUAUUUAUUUUAAUUGGCAUGUAUGUAUUAGUGAAGGUUGCUGCGUGUUUUCCUCUUGUAAUUGAUAUCUAUUGUGCUGACCCUAUUGCCUAUUCUGGGUCUGCCCUGACUACUUACUGGAUGCCUUCACGCCAAGGGGUAAAAGGGAGAUUUUAAAGGCCAAGCUUAAUUUAUCCUUCCUGUUUCAUCCCUUUUUGAGGGCAAUUCUGGAUAAAACCAUGUUCUUACAAUAGGGGAACAUGUAGAAAGUGAUGGUUUUAGCCAGAAUUGCCCUGACUACAUGUUCUUAGAAUACAAGUUGUAGUUGAGUUAUGUCUCACAAUAAAUGUUCUUACAAUACAAAUUCCCCUAAUUGUGAUCAGUCUUGCAUGGAGAUAAAAUAACCCAGAGUUAUGUCUGCACACAGAGAAAAUACAAACUAAUACUUCCCCUACUCCGUCAAUAUGGAAUCAGGGCCCAUGCAAGAAGUUUUAUGGGUUUUGUGCCUUAGCUAUCCCAUGGAAUGCCAUUUCAGUUCCUUAUAAAAGCUAUCGAAUUGUGACGAUUUUCUGUCUUAGCUUAAGUCACCUAAUCAAUCAUUGACUUGUCAACUUCAUUUAAAAUAUUUAGAACAUCAGAUUGUGCCGCUUGGAAUAUCUUCUUACUUAUUUCCUUCCAAAUUGCCUGAAGGACAGAAUUUGCAUCCUCUAUUCUCUUUUAUGAAUGCUCAGACAAUUUCACCCGAUUAGUAUCUUUUCCAAAGUAAUAGAUCUCCAGAUAUACCAAUUCUGCCUUUAAGCUAUAGAGGAUGGAUGUAACAUUUAUUUUAUUGAUUCUUCCAAAUGUUUGCCUUUGGUGACCUAUUUUCCACCAGAAGGAUCUUGUCAUUAUAAGAAUAUGAUUGUAUGGUAUACUGGUCAUUUCAUUUACUAGAUUUAUCUGCGUGGUAUUGAUGGGCUCAGAACUUAAGGCCUGAGAUGUUAUGUGGAUUUCCCUCUUUAAUGUUAAUUAGCGCCAGAGAUCUAUACUAGAAGAAGAACACCAUCGAACAGUAGGAGAAGAGUGGAACAACAAGAAAGCCUUACAACGGAAGAAAAACACCUUAAGUUUGGUCAGAGAAGGGCAGAAUACCAUGAAACCCUUAGGUGUUGAGUUAGAGGAGAGGAGAACAGAUUCAGGCGCUAAAACCCUAGUCUGAACGGUGGAGAGAAUCUGUUUUUUCUUCUAUUUUAUGUUCAUCCUUAGGGUACCGUUUUAAAUAUGGAUGCAAGAGUACAGCUUCAGCAGACCCAAAGUGGAUCCUAACUUGAUGGGUUAGUGGGCCCAAAGGACUCACACAGAAACCAAAAAAAAGGAAUAACUGGUUCAAGAAUGCCCAUGAGGGGCUUUUGCCCACGUAAUGGUAAUGGACCUAGGGGCUGCGGUUUUCUACAUGGAUUUUUUUCAUCUAACAUAUGGUUUUUUGAGUGGCCAGGAUGAUGAUCCGUCUUAUAACUUUGUGACUAGAUGAGGCACUUUCAAAACUUAAUAAAGAAAAAACAUAGGUGAAUUUAAUGUUAAUACCUGCUGUGUAUGAAUUUAUAAUUAACUAUACCCUAUAGGAUAGGUUACAACAAGCGUUUAUUAUCUAUGACGCUUUGGCAGGGGUCGAGCUCCUUGGUGAUGAGGCUGAUAUUAGAAUGGCCUUCAUUUGUGUCCCAUCCCUCUUGCUAGGAUCCUGCCUGUUUGCAUCCCAUAACACCAUGCAAUAAAUAUCUGACAGCCUUUUUAUGCUUUUUAGCUUGGUGUUUUGUUGUACUUAAAUCAUUCUAAAAUUGGUCGAAUCAAUAGAUCAGGUUCUCUUCUCCUCGAUAACUCCAUGUUAAAUGCAAGGUCCUAUUUUUAUUCUCCUUCUACCUAUAGUUUACUAACCUUAGCUUAUCCCUGAUCAUUAGGUUAGUGACGAUAGCAACCAUAUGCUUAUAUACAGGUGGUGUAUUUGAUCAACUUUGGGUUUUUGGUCUGCAACCUCCAUUAUUUAUCAGGUUUUGGUUGCUUGUGUUACGAUUUUUUUUAACAAAUGUCUGUUUUGCAGAUUCGUAAAACUUAUCUUUGAAUAAUUUUCUGUUUAGGUUACUACAGAUUAUUCUUAAUUAAAAGUAUAUAAUUAUAUAUUUUAUCAUCCAUCUUAUUUUUCAGGCUGGGCUUCUAUGUGCUUACAUCACAAAGAAGCUAUAUUUUGCAAGGUUUUUGUCUCAAUAUCUUAUCCUCAUCUCGUUAUAUUUUUUACUUGUUGAGUAAAUCAAUUCUUUGAAUUUAAAUUCAUCCUUGCUUCCUCUAUGGGUUUCACCUAUGGCUGUGAAGAGUAAUGCACAUUUUGGUUGUUUGAACAAUGUGCCAGCUUAAGAAGACUUUUAAGUCUCGUAUAUGAUUACUAGAAUGUCUGUUGAACAUUAACUUUAGUAGCCUAGAUGCUUCCAUGAUGAAUCUUUGGUGCUUUCAAAAAAAACAACCUUAGGAAAAAUAACCUAUAUCAAUAGUGUGGAACGUAUGUAAUGAAUUAAUUUCAAUGCAUGGUAAGUGUGAUAGAAAACAAGGUCAAGGUUUGUGCACUAUUAAAUUCAUUGUAUAGUCUAAGGCAACGUAUGCAAGAAAAGCUGUUUGCAAAGUAUGCAGAAACCGGAAAAAAAACACAUCAGUACACAUUGUGUGUACAUGCUAGUAACAAUAGUAAAUCAUAUGCAGAGAAAAAAUGUUGAUUGCUGAACGUAUUCCUUUAGCUUUGACGCGUUCAUUGUUCCAAUCUUUUUAUUGGUAAUACUCCACUCCCCUUAAACUUUCGAGAAAGUACGAAUCAGUGAAUGCAUGCGUACUAUUUUUUUGUUCAAAAUACUGAGUAGAAUUUAUUUCAGACAUUCAACAAAUAGGGAGGUCGCCAUGAUGUUGCUUAUGGCUUACUUGUCUUACAUGCUCGCUCAGGUGAGAAAUACUUUUUUCAGGAUUAGCCUCAUAACUCUUGGAAAAAAUAAAAUCAUGUUGCAUAAAUCCGUUUUGAGUUGGAUGGUAUAGUAAUUUUACUAUUGCAUUGAAGUCAAUGGCUACCUUUGUGUUUGUGUGGCAUGAACUUUUAUACUCGAUGUGAUAAAGUUUGAAAGUUGGCUGCACUAAAAGAGACGAGUUGUAAUUAUACAUUGCUCAGGAAAAUACAAGGGUAUGGUAUAAUCAGAUGAGCUUACUUAUUACAAAUUUGUUUGAGUUGCAGAUCCAUAGAUAAUUGAUGAUUACUAAUGUACUGAAUGCACACCCUUUUUGUGUUCUAUAUGCCAUAACUUAAAGAGGGUUUACUAGAAUAAUUACACAUUUUAUAAAAUCUUAUCCUUUAAUGUAAAAAGACAAACAUGUUUCACUCAUUACCUAUUGGCUUUUAAGUUGGACAGUCUGAUAGCAUUAAUAUGGUUGUUGUUGUGCUGCUUAUUUUGUUAAUGUGAUACAGUCUAGAUGUUGACUUCCAUGAGAGGGGGACUGUUAGAAUAGUCUCUCAUUACUUGAGAACGUAAAGCCUUAUGGUAGAAACGCAAUACAAGAAAUGGGUUUUGAGUUUGAUAACCCAGUAUGCUUAAUCCAUCGUAACUUGUUAGUAUAAUUUCUAUCGUAAUUUUAAUGUUUAUUGAAUUUUAGUUAAUGGAUAACUUUUUCCUUAUUUUUCAUUGAUGAUUAUCUUUGCAGCUAUGUUCUCUGAGCGGGAUUUUAUCGAUUUUCUUUUGUGGUGUUGUCAUGUCACACUACACAUGGCAUAAUGUCACUGAAAGAUCACGAAUAACUACACGGUAAGUGUUGUGGGAAUGUGGUUCGUAUUGUGUAGCCAUUGGAUUUACAAUUGCUUUGGCAUUCAGUGUCCUGUAUUUCUGUGAUUAUCCAUUUUAAUCACCUUGCUCCCUGGUCUUGAAUAAUAGCAGAUCGUAGACGUGCUGUUUCUGUCUCUUCUAUGGAUGCUUAAAAUUUCCAGUUUCUUGUACAGCAGUUUCCAUUUAUUAUUGAAUUAUUUAUUUUUGCAAUGAAGGAUAAUGCUGAGCAACUGCAUCGUAGACUCUUCAACAUUUUACCUUCUACUUUACGAGCGAUCAUUUUCUUUUGUUUCAUUGAUUUGACAGUUUCAUUGCAGCCCUUAUGAUCAUCUAAUUUCUUAUGGAAGUUUUUCACCUGGAAUAGUAUCUGUAUAUAGUAUUUUGUAUCCAUAUUUUCUUCUUUUCCAGUAUCUUCUGGAAUUACUUCUAUGGAUUAAUAUCUUACCUUUUAGUCUUUGUUUGUGCAUGACAAUAAUUUCAGGCAUGCUUCGGCAACAAUAUCCUUUAUAGCAGAAACAUUUAUAUUUCUUUAUGUUGGGAUGGAUGCCCUUGACAUCGACAAGUGGAAACAGAGUAAUGGAAGGUUAGUUGUAAUGAUUCUGUUCUUAACAAUUUUAUUUGGAACUUGGUGCUUGGUUGAGCUUGAAUGAAACAUUGUUCAGUUUUAUAAUUGGCGUGGUUUAUAUUUUCAUUCUUUUCCAGAUUGCCACCUUUAUAAUUUUAAAAAUAUGUCAAUUUUUACUCUUUUUUUUAUGUUUUUCCUGUCAUUUUCUUGAUCAGUGUAAGAACAACGGUUACUGUUAGUGGAAUAUUGUUGGCCUUAAUUAUGCUUGGAAGAGCUGCAUUUGUGUUCCCUCUGGCAAAUCUUGCAAAUUUUUUCAGAAGCAAUGCAAAGAUCGAUUUUUCUCAACAGGUUGGUAUGCACAUCUAUGACAUGCCUUUUUUACUUCCAUCCUGAUGUCAUCUGGGUACCUAAUCUUUCGUAGAAAACUAAUAAUAUUUCACUUUCAGUUCAUUAUUUGGUGGUCUGGGUUAAUCAGAGGUGCUGUUACUAUUGCUUUGUCUUAUGAGCAGGUAUAACUUUAGUAACGCUCCAUAAUUUUAGUAUAAAUUUGCAAUAAAAAUCUGCUUCUUCUGAUCUCGUUUUUUGCAGUUUUCAACAUCUAGCUCUACGUCCUCUGAUGAUGCCUUUUUGAUCACAAACUCCAUAAUUGUGGUCCUUUUUAGUACAGUGGUAUGUCUGCUGCAGUGUUUAAAUAAAGCUUUACUAUUCUAACUAUUAGCCCAUCUUAGUAAACUUUUGUGGUUGAGAUGAUUAGCUUGAAGAAAUAAAUGAAGAAUAUACUGAUGGUCUAUAAUCUAUAAUCUAUAAUCUAUAAUCUAUAAUCUACAAUCUUUCCUGUGAUCCGUUUUCAUUACUAGUUACCUAUAUUUAGAUUGCUCUAUCGGGUAACUUUGUUUGUGUUUAUUGAAUUAGUGUCACUGAUGCUUAAUUCAUCUUUUAUGCUGCAUCAGUGCCCAACCAUUUCUAUGAUCAUACAGUUUAUUCUCCAUUUUGAAAGGCCAAUGCAAUAUAUUGAAAGGCCUUUCAAAUUUGAGGUGUUUAAGCUUACAUUUUUAUUUUAUUUUUCUGAAUUUUGUGAACUUACAGGUGUUUGGUUCGGUAACGAAUCCUCUUAUACAAGUGACUCUCUUCCGCCAGUCAAGGCCGGCGCCUGCAGCCGACAUGGACCCGCCAAGCUUGGAGGACAUUCGGCUCUUGUUCCUCGAGCCAGCUAACAGAGGAGUUGAUGAGGGUGGGAGCAACCAACGGAGGAGCGGCGUAGGCCUCAUCAUCUGGCACCCGACCUCGGCUGCCCAUUACUUCUGGAGGUGGUUUGAUGAUAGAUUCAUGAGGCCCGUAUUUGGGGGUCGCGGCUUCAUGCGCCUCAUUCAUGGCUCCCCCCCACAUGAGGAAACUGAAAAUGUGUAG